ACAUAAAAGAUGAUGCCCACUGUGCUUGCGAGUGAGUUCCUGUGCGUGCUGUGGGAAGGACUUAGAGCCCCUUUACAGACGAGUGUCAGCAAUCUUUGAAUCAGUGAAACGAUGAAGUUCUUCCUCAGAGGUCUGCUGCUCGCCUCUUUCUGUGCCCUCUCGUCUUGGAGUGUUUCAUCGGGCACACCUGUUGUGACACAGAGCCCAGAUGUUUCUGUCAGGGAGGGGGAGACUCUGAACAUCACCUGCUGCUGGACAGGGGAGUUUGAAAGAGGGACAGUUAACUGGCUGAAAAAUAAAACACUUUUAGAUAAUAAGCUUAUUUCUAAUAAGGAUAAUGUCCAAGGAUCUCUGAAAAAAAGAUCCGUCUGCUUCAACUUGACCUUUCUGAAUAUCACCAGAAAAGAUUCAGGAAGCUACACCUGCAAUUUGACAGUGGAGUUACCAGAUGUCUUUGUGGUUGAAGGAAACAGUACUGUGAUCACAGUUACAGACAGAGAGGACACAUUUGAGGAUGCAGCAAAAGAGGACAAGCCUGAAGGUUUUACCAACAGUGUCCCAAUUCCUGUGAUUAUUGCUCUGGCCGUGAUCGCUCCUUUGCUCCUCGUCACUCUUAUCUGUUUCUGCGCUCUGCGAAGGAAACAAGCAAGAGCAGCCAGGGUGAUCUACGAGGUUCCUCACAUCGACUCCGACGUGGCAGAAAUGGACAAACACAGCACCAGCUCCUCCAGGGGCUCUUCUCAGUGGUGCCAGGUUCCAGUGUAUGAAUCCUUCGACUACUUUCAGCGUGUGCAGGACAAAGAAAGCGACUGAGGAGGAAGUAUUGUCUUUUUCCUACUCUUCAACAUGUACAUAUGUAAAUAAACUCUCUCUCCGCUAA